AGUGUCUGGGUCGCGCCGAGGAUCGAGAUCGGGCGGCAGUGUGGCGGAUCGCGCGUGACGUCAUCUCUCUCCGGGCGUAGAAGGCGGACAACGCAUGCGUUAGACCAAGAUUACCAAGUACAAGUACGACGUAUCGCGCCCUCCACCCUCGCUUCCCGCGAGCCCCCGCGCUCCGGCGACACCCUCGCCCGCCAUUUCACGGGCGGCGCGCAACCCCUCCACUCGCUCGCCCGCCCUGGCUAACUUUCGCAUACGCCGCGUCGAGGCCGAAUAAUAAACUUUCACAGUUUCAAGUGCGUGUUUACGACGGACUUGGUGUGAAAAGGACAAUUAAUUUGAGUGACAUUAUUACGUUGGUACCGGUAAUUAGUUCGGAUGUAAAAGUUCAGAUAUCAACUGCUGAGAGCAACAGCCAAAAUUCGCAGAAGUAAUUGUGUCUGUGCGGAACAUCAAAUGCCGUCCAUUCAAGUGAAACCAGAAUAAAGUGGUUAUAAGUAAAAAAAUUAAAAUCGGCCUCGAAAUCGGCUGAUAGUGUUAAAUGUUGGAACAAUUGAAUACGGGACUAGUUGUGUGAGGGUGGAUGGUGUUGGUGGGGCGGCGGGCAUGGCGGCGCGCGGGCGGCGGUCCGGGCGCGCGCGGCGGUGAGACGGGCGGCGGGGGGCGCGAUGCGCGCGGGCGCUUGGGCCGUGUGGGCGGCGUUGUGCGCAUGCGCGCUGGCGUCGGGCGAGUUGCGCGUGCUGCAGGCGGACGCGCGCGCCGCUUUCUACGUGGGCAUCGCCGCGCCGCCCUCGGCCGCCGCCGUCGUGCGCGCCUUUAACAAGAGCCUCGCGGAGAUCUCGCAGACCUACCUCGCCGGCGACUAUCCGCUGCAUCUCCGCAAUAUCACCCUGCUGCCGCUAUACAUCGAGUUGCCCGAAGAUGAAAGGUUCAGUGCGCGAAUGCUCGAGCGUACGUGCCACGCGUUGGGAGGUCGGCGCGUGGCGACGCUGCUCGUGGUCGGCGGCGGCGCGGCGGCGGCGGCCGUCGUGACGGCGGCAGCGCGCGCCGGCGUACCGGUGCUGAGAGCCUCGCCUUCACACCUGCAUCUCUCUUAUACUAUCGCCAACGAAAUACUCCCAAUGGAAAUCCGUUUAGAAAUUACAGCAAGGGAAACUUUAAACGCACUCAGGGCUACUCUUCUGCAUACUCACUGGCAUACUUUUACUGUACUUGCUGAGGAAGACAUAUAUUCUACUUUAAAACUGCGAAAAGAUCUCUCCUCGAUACUAGACUCCCAACCAUUGGAUCCAAAUUGGCUUUUUCUACCUUCAAAGUUUUCACAACAUGCUAUUUUUCGGAGGCUCGCUAAGAUAUCCAGGCUGACUCGGGGCGUUGUCGUACUGAUAUGUGAUAUCCAUUACGCUAAGCUUGUUAUGGAUGAGGCUAAACGUUUUAACAUGCUUGAUGGUCAUUUUUUUUGGUUAUGGAUUGACGCAUCCCGAGAGAUCGAUGUCUUCCGCAACAUCGGAAAUAGAACACAGUACAGCGAUGCCGACAAUUUAGACUUUGAUAGCGUAAUAGAUAAGGAAGAAGCACUAAGAAGCGAGGAAUUCGAACGCAGUAAACGCGGUGAAGUAGACAAUAAUUUGUUAAAAAAUAUUAACGAUCACGUUCCUGCGAAAUACAUUGACGAGGUUUUGAAUGGAAGUUCAAAUGACGAAAAUCGACUUUUAGUAAAUAAUAGUUCAAGAAAUUCGUUUUUUCAUUAUUUAAGUAGGAAUAAAAAUAAAUCAAAAGCGCACAGUAAUAACAAGAAAAUAUUAAAUAUAAGUUUUAGUCAAUCGUAUGAAAGUAGGCGCAAUAUUAGUAUGGAGAGUGUAAAAAAUAAUAAUGUAAAUAGCAAAGGCGUUGAAACUUCUAAAAUUGAAAACAAUUCUAUCGAGAAGGAUAAACUGUCCUUCCAUGUAAGAAAUAACGGUAGACGUAAUAGUUAUAGCAAAAUGAAAAAUGAAUCUUUUAACAAAUAUGUAAAUAGUAUAAAUAAAAAUAACGUAUAUAAUGAAAUGAAAACAUUAUUGCAAAGAGAUAUAAAUACAGAAGAAGAUGUACAUUUAAGGCAUAGGUUAGCACUCACAAGUGAUACUAGUGAUUUCUUAAUGAAUCCCACGGUGCAGACCUCCACGUAUAAAUUAAGGGAAUCGAUUGAAAAGCGAGGAGAAAAACUCAACAAAGAAUACGACAUUGAUGAUAGAUCUGAAGCAAUGAAAGACAACAUUACUACUAUAAUUGACAGUCUUCCUAUUGGACUAUUAGCUUUACAUCCCCAGCCAAUGAAAAUUGAUCGUUCAUUCAUUCGAGCGGCAGUGCGCAUGGCGGUGGGUGCGUUGCGGCGCGUUUUGCGUGCGUGCGACGCGUGGUCGGCCCAAGCGCAGUUCCUUAGCGAUGCCGCAGCCUCCUGUUGGGAGGAGCCCAGUGACGCUGCCGCCGACUUCUCUGCUGAUUUUGUCAGAGAAACCCGGAUUACAUCAGCAGCGGCACUUGCCGGAGGCACGGAGCGACCAGAGCCGGCGUUGACGUCUUCGUUUAGUUUUUUCAACUUGGUGCCGGGACCCACAGGGGGUAAUGUUUGGAGACAAGUAGGCCAUAUUCAUGGGCGCAUGGUGAGGCUCCACACCAUAGUGUGGCCCGGUGGUCGACUUGUAGCGCAUGGCCAGUCUUCGGGCGCCCGCACCAUAUACCGCAUCGUCACCGCCUUAGCACCACCAUUUGUAAUGGAAGGAGAACUAGACGAAGACGGUCAAUGCUUAAGAGGACUCCCCUGCCAUCGACCACAAACUUCCGAUAAAGACAACCUCACCCUGGCUUUUAAUGAUUUGGAAAGAGAUGAUGAUGACCAUCAACCUACAGAUUUUUUCUUUCCUACACCGAAACCUACGAUUCUUCCGAAAAUGGCUACUCACUGUUGCUAUGGACUAGCGAUGGAUUUAUUAGAAAAUAUUGCCCAGGAAUUGGAAUUUGAUUUUCAUCUAUAUCUAGUCGAAGAUGGACUUUAUGGAUCUCGUAAGCUAGUGAGAUCCUUUAGUAAACUGCAUGAGUUCACAAACUUUUUGAAUGAUGAGCCCAUGUUUACUAUGUCAGAACACCUUAAUUAUCGAGCUCAGUUUCGGAAUGGUUUCAAAGCCAAUAGUAAAGAACAAUAUAGUGAUCCAAAUUAUGAUGAUAAUAUAGACGAAGAGAGCCAGAAAUGGAAUGGAAUUGUCGGAGAUUUAGUAUCUGGAUCCGCCCACAUGUCUUUCGCGGCACUCAGCGUGUCUGCGGCACGCGCAGAAGUGAUUGACUUCAGUCAACCUUAUUUUUAUAGUGGCAUAUCACUUUUAGCAGCUCCGAACCAAAAGGCCGAUAUACCAUUAUUAGCGUUUCUACUGCCAUUUUCAACUGAAUUAUGGAUUGCCAUAUUUUUGUCUCUAAAUGUGACCGCCAUCGCGGUUGCUAUAUAUGAAUGGCUGUCACCUUUUGGUUUAAAUCCUUGGGGCCGACAAAGGUCAAAGAACUUUAGCCUUUCUAGCGCGCUAUGGGUGAUGUGGGGUCUUUUAUGUGGACAUUUAGUAGCAUUUAAAGCUCCUAAGAGUUGGCCUAAUAAGUUCCUUAUAAAUGUCUGGGGUGGCUUUUCUGUGAUAUUCGUUGCCAGUUACACUGCCAAUAUUGCCGCUCUAAUAGCAGGAUUAUUUUUUCACAAUGCUGUUGAUGACUAUCAAGGACGAAAUAACUGGCUUUCUUUGCGAGUGGGUACAGCAAAAUCAUCCAUAUCGGAGUACUACGUUCAAAGAGGCAAUCCACAAUUGGCACAAAGGAUGAGAGGCUACGCACUUCAGAACAUUGAAGAAGGCAUUCAACGAUUGAGGAAUCGAACGUUGGACCUUUUGAUAGCAGAUACUCCUGUUUUAGACUACUACCGCGCCACUGAUCACGGCUGCAAGCUGCAGCGGGUAGGAGACCACGCUUUCAUAGAAGACACUUAUGCAAUAGGAAUGGCCAAGGGAUUUCCUUUACAGAAAAGUAUAUCAGCGGCGAUAGCCAAGUAUUCAACGAAUGGGUAUAUGGAUAUAUUAACUGAUAAGUGGUAUGGAGGAUUACCAUGUUUCAAAUUGAGCCAAGACUAUGGAAUUCAGCCAAAACCGCUUGGUGUAGCGGCUGUGGCGGGCGUGUUCCUCCUGCUCCUCGUGGGGAUGAUUGUUGGCUUCCUCAUAUUGAUUCUGGAACACUUAUUCUAUAAAUACACGUUGCCUGUUUUGCGACAUCAACCAAAAGAUGCUGUUUGGAGGAGCCGAAAUGUUAUGUUUUUCAGUCAGAAACUCUACAGAUUUAUUAACUGUGUAGAACUUGUGUCGCCACAUCACGCCGCGCGAGAACUAGUAAACACUAUACGGCAGGGGCACUUUACGUCGCUUUUCCAGAAAAGUGUUAAAAGGAAGGAACACGAACAGCGUAGAAGAAGACGGAGUAAAGCGCAGUUUUUUGAAAUGAUUCAAGAAAUUCGAAGGGUUCAACAAGGACGUGAUCAGUCAUUGGAUUCUAUAAAGGAGCACGUGGCUGUAGAAACCUCUGAAGUUUCUGAAGAAUUGACGGAGUCAAAGUUCCUCUCCCCUUCACCUGAAGUACCCUCUCGCUCGCCUCGACCGGGUCGAUCUCCUCGACAGCUUCGCUCUCCACGAGGAAGACGAAAAAGGUGCAGUUUGGCCGGACUUAAUGUGAGGAGAUUCAGCACUGAUUCGGUCCUAGGGUCUGAUUCAGGAUCAAUUUAUGAGCGGACAAGUCUUAAUAUAGGAAGAAGACUAAGUCGUGACGUCAGCUGCUUGACUAGUUCUCCUCCUGAUAUAAAUACCCGGUUGCGAACACCAUCACCAAUGGUACGACGUGCCGAGGGAUCAUCUACAAGGUCGUAUCAAGAUGUAUCAGAAAAAUCAGAAAGGUAUUUAAGCUCUGACGGACCGCGUUCGCGAGCUAGCGUAGAAAUUUUAGUAUCUGAAGAACAAGACGUGCCUCCAGCGCCACCAUACCCUAGAGUGUCUCCGACCGGAGGAAGAUCAGAGCUUUCACAAUUGUCGGAAGAAGAACUCAUUAGAUUAUGGCGAAGUUCGGAAAGAGAAGUGAGAGAGGCACUGCUAGCAGCAUUGCAAGAAAGACGGGCGAACUUAGAUCCAAAACAAGAUCCAGGAUGAAGGAGCUACACGUGAACUUUUGAAAUACAUCUGAAAGGCGUAUGUUUGAUGAAUUCUCAUUCUGGUUGGAUCACUUUGCGUGAAAGCAUUGGGUGCGGAAAGAGAACGAUCUAAGUUGUUAUGUUAGUGCCUUUUUAAAUUGUUUGAUGCGGACCUAUCUGGCAGGCGUUAGACAAUCGGUGUUCAUUUCAGUGUCUUGAUAUGACUAUCAAGUUAGAGGCUGCCUUAUUUUAUCGUUAUUGCCUCUUACUUUUUGAUCCGCCUCAAACAAUCUAAAUAGGGUACUCGGUAAAGAAGUUAACGUCCAGAAAAUCAAUUUAAGCAUUUAGUAGAAAUAUAUACGUUUAAAUUUAAUUCUAAUGAAGAAUAAUUGUGUAUGUAGUGUAAGUAUAUUACAUUAUAGCUGUGACCAGACGAUUCAAAGUGCUUUAUUCUAUAGCCUAGUGAAUGGUAGAUAUUUUCAUUUAUAAAAUAAAUAUACACGUUAUUAUAUUUUCAUGGCAUAAGCAUGAUCUAAUCAAUAACUCUUCAAGUUAGAAAGUUUAAUUGAUUAGAUAAAUAGUGUUAUGUAGAUAUGUCUUAAACGUUCUUUCAGGUUAAACUCUUACUUGAAAUGUAAUAGAAAGGAUUUAUAAUAUUAAAUAACUACGAGUUAUUUAUAUAGGUAUGUCUUAUACGAAAAAUUUAUUGUUCCUAGUUUUAAGUUAAAGCCGUACAAACAUUUAAAUUGUCCUUUUUCCUAGUCUCAACUACUUUUGUUUUUUAUUUGUGAAAUAUAAUUAUAUAUAUCAUGUUUUCGUUCAAAAUGCCCACACAAAUGUCAACUUCAUUUAUUCUCUAUAAUGUAUUUAGAUACUUCGUGGAAGUUCAGUAUACUAUUACUUGUACUGAAAUAUAAUGUGCCAUUUAGAUAUAUCAUCUUACAAUUACGUUAAUAUAAGUUCGAAAUAACGAAAUCAAAACUGCCAACUAUAUUUUAGUAGAUAGUUUAUAAGAAUUAAUACACUUUCUUCCUAGACUUGCACCCUAGAUUUUAGUUUAGAUUUUCUCUUUACAAAUUACUAUAUCAAUUUGACCUAUUUAUCACUAGCCCAGCUUUUCACAAGUUUGUGGUGUUUGCUUGUUUAAACUGUCAGUGUGAAUCACACUGUGUGAUUCAAAUCAAAGCGGUCAAAGUGUUCAGUAGAGUUGAUAUAAUAUAAUAAGAAUACCUAUGAGCAAUAUUUAGAACACAUUGAGUCCAUUACUGUGCCCUUAGUCUUAUUUGGUUAGUUUUGUGUGUUAUUGUACUUAAAAUAAUGUGUUAAUUAUUACGUGGAGUUUUGCAAGAGAUCCUCACUCACACAUUAUUGUUUAAUAUGUAUUAGUAUAGCCGCUACUCCUACAGAAAUAACGACUAGUUUUCUGGUUAAUAUCUUUUGCCCAUGAAUAACACGAUGAAUAAAGUUAACGGUCAUAUAUACUUGAAAUUUAAUUGUCCAAUCCUAGAAAUUAUAUGGCGUCUUAAAAGCAUGUAAUCAUAAUUAUUGUUCUCAAUUUAUGCUGAUACUGAUUACCAUGACUUUUCUACCCAUAUAUUUAUUUUUAAUAAAAAAAAUAUUAAAAAAUUUAAGCGAAAGUAAGAUGGCGAUAAACAAAAUGAUUUUGACAAAUAGAUUAGAAAACUUUCUUUUACUUAGCCUAUUAAAAUGUCUCACUGCUGGCUUUCCCCUUGACCUUCACGACUCCCGUUGAUGUACUUUUUCUGGCAAGUUACUGAGGAAGGCAUCAAUGUUAUCCCGCCAUCUCCAUUUGGGUCUGUCCCAUCCGCGGUUAUUUUGCGGUAUCCUCUAUACUAGCUCACCUAUCCAGAUGCAUGCUGCAGACGUGGCUGGCCCAUUCUCACUUCAGCCUGGCAGUCUUCUCUCCUACGUCAGCUAUGCGUAUUUUGGAGCGCAGAGUAGUGUUCCGGAUGCGAUGCAUCCCCGUGGCAUCUAGAAUGCUGCACUCCAUUGCUUCAUGGCAAUCAUUGAAUUUAGCUAUCUGGCUCUCGGUGAGCGACCAUGUUUGGGUACCGUAGUUUAGGACAAGCAGAAUACCUACACAUGUCAACGAGUUAUAUAAGAAGGUCGCGACCUUCCAUUCGAAAUUUAAAUUCCACCCAAAAGCGCUCCUUCCUCCAUAUUUCUAUUUGCAAGAAAUAAAAGGGUCAUACAGAAAAAAUACGCAGAUUUACAUCUAUCACAAUGGUCCUAUAAAGAUUAUUUUUUUAAUUAAACCCACAUAGGGGUACACCUUGUUUAUUGUCUGAUAAAACUACUAAUUACCUAUAUGUACAAUUGUUUUCAACUAUUGCCCACAGGAGCGACAACUUUUUUAUAUUUAUGUAUGACCCACAAAUCACAUUCCUAACACAUACUAAGACAUUGUCUUUUAAUUUCUGGGUUUUUGUGAAACUAAUGGCUAGAACCACUAUUACAAACCCUACAAAAUUUAAGCUGGGUCUCACUUUUUCAUAAUUUUCAGAAAAUAGUGCCUACAUAUGUUACUAACCGAUAAACAACUGCAAUCCAAUGUUAUUAUUACAAUGUUGGACCAAAUUUUAUUUGUAAUAAUUAAAUUACUUACAAAUUCUAUUGGAUGUGAGUCAUCUAGUGAUAUUUGAAGUCUUAUGCAUUUCUCUCUCUAAUGAUUAAUAUUAUGCUCUAUACUUAGAUAUGGGAAUAGACAAAACAUGAAAUAUAAAGUAGAUUGAAAAUAAAUGAAACAUAUUGUAUAUAGACACUUAAGUAUUGCAAAAAAUGAUAUCUUAAGAUUUUAUUGUUUAAAGAUUUAGUUCAAUGCACAUUUGAGUGUGUAAACGUAUUCUAAUUUAUUCUAAGUUCAUAAGAAUAACAAAUACCCAUCUAAUUAUGAAUUGAAUUAUUAUUUUACUAUUUUAGUAAGAAAUUGUCCUUUUAUUAAUCAUUCCGUUUUUUCCAUAACAAAUGUUAGUUUUAAUUAAAAAAAAUAACGAUAAGGAAUUGAAAUACAUCUAUUAGAAUCUGCCAUUAAAUUAACAUAAUAAAAUAUUAUUGAAAUAAUUAUACAGAAGCAUUUGCUUUUCCAUUUCACGGGCAGGGCGUUGAUUGCCCUGAAUGUUGCUAGUUAUAGAAUUUUUAAAACGCCAAUAUUGUAUUUAGAGUUUACGUGUCGCAGUGGACUUUGAAAAUUUAUUUGUAUAUUACUGUAAAUAAGACUUUUGAAAUAGCGUCAAAUCGCAUCGUCUUAGGAAAAUUAUAUGUAACUAAAUUUAUUUCCAAGAAGUAUUUUUGUUAUUUCUUGUGAAGAAACUAAUUUUAAUAUUUUGUACAUUUAACACAAAACCAUGAUGUAGGUAAAGCCCGACCAGAAAUAUAUGAUCAUUGUCAAGGGGGCGCUUUUAUUCUCAUGUAUAGGGUGACAGUUCAGUUUAGUAUGAAAAAAUUCGCAAUAUGGCGCGUGAUCAUAUAUUACUGGUCAGGCUUUAUGAUUUUAUUUUUUCUAGGCACCUUCAAACAUUUACGCCGUUUUUUUAAAUAAGAAUAUUUAUAUGUUUAUUGAUAUAACAUGCACAGAAUUAUAGAAAAUUUAUAAUUUUGUGCAUAUAUAUCAUAUAGAAUGUUGUCUUUGGUUACAGUGAUAUCUAUUCUUUUUAGUUAAAUAAAAUUGUCAAUUUCCAAUUAGUGUUUAGUUUUCUUGAAAUAAUUCAAAAAAGGUUAAUAACUCUUAGAGAUAUUGCAAAGACUUAUCACAAAAAAAGAAAUGUUUUAAAAUUUUAUGUUGAGUUAUGAAUUAUGAUUAUAAAAUCUAUCCUAUUAUGUAAAAACAUAAUAUGAAAUAAAUAUUAUAUUUACUGCAUAACUAAUUGAAACAAUGGUGAUGAUAGUUGCGAAAAUAAACUAUUUGUGCCAAUAA